CCAGAGCGGCGCUGGCGGCGACCAUAGAGUCAGCCCUACGGGACAGAGCGUCUCUCUCUCGCGCGCUCUCUCCGCGUCCCGCGGUGUCCGGUGCCGUCUUUCCCGAGCGGAGGGCGCGCACUGCGGGGAUCCCGGCGAGCGGGAGCGGCCCAAAGAGGCAAUAUGGAGAAUGUCCUUGCUGCCGAAAAUCUGGCAAAAGUCUCACAGAACAGCCCCGCUUUUUCAAAGCCUGGUAUUCUUCUGUCCCAUCACAAGGAAUAACUCAUUCCUCUGCACGUGUGUAUGUGCGUGCUUAUGGACGAGUUGAUGUUGUGCCACGGUUGUUGUGUGAAAGCCCCGGUGAAGGCAACGGCCGCGUGGAACGUGUGCAGGCUGGCGGAUGCGGUCCCUCAGAAAGCGGUUGGAUCCCUGAUGAGCCUGUAGAGGCACCUCAAGGCCCCGCAAAGAUUUGGAAAUACCUCAGCUUCUUUUUGUGACCAAUCUCAGCAGCGUCGCCCUUUCUGGUUGACACCUUCCAAUCUCCUGUGCUGUUGGAGACUGAAGCUGGAGCUGCUCAAAGGAUCAGUCCUUUGAAGUGUUAAUGUCCCUCUUCUCGGUGCUGCGUGGGAAGCGAAUUCCCCUCCUUCAGCUGCCUGUGCCCAGCCUGGAUGCGUGGUCUCACCUGGACCAUCUCAAGGUUGCGUUGCUGUCACCUUCACUGUGUGACUGGGAAGAGUGUGUCUGUAUCGGGGGACACUUUGGCCUCUUCUGCCCAGGCCCAGGGGAGCUGGAGGAACCCUGUGGAAACCAGCGUUGUCUGCAUUAAAGCUUUUGAUCGGUUGCCAAGUGCUGUAUGUGUUUUACUUUUUCCGUGUUUAGAAGGAAGAAAGAACAAGGCAAUCCCUUCAGCCCACGUGCAGUUUCUGCUCGAGGCGACCCUUCCGCUGUUGGAGCCGUACGCGGCAUUUCUCGAGGCGAUUCCCAAGGCGAUUCCCAAGGCGAUUCCCGAGGCGAUUCCCAAAGCGAUUCCCAAAGCGAUUCCUGAGGCGAUUCCUGAGGCGAUCCCUGCAGCGAUCCCCGCGGCGCUGCCGCAGCCGCUCCCGGCGAUCCCCGAGGCCGAGCAGAGCUCAGCCCCGGGCUCAGCCCCAUCAUCCGCACGGGCAGCGGCUCCCACAGCUCCAGCGGGAUGUGGUGCGGCACAGCCGCUAUACGAGGAUCCAAAAUGCAGAGGACCCAAAGGAUCGUUGGGCCUGAUCGCUACAUUCCCAGCCGGAGAGCUCUGGACAUGGAUGUGGCCAAGUUCCAGAAGGACACUGCUGUGGUGUCACCUACCGUGAAGGAGCGCCAGAGACCCUGGGCAGCGAGUCUGAAUGCCUUUGAUCUGGAAAAGAUCCUGGAAGAGGUUCUCCGCCUCAGUGGAAAGGCUCAGACCACUGCAGCAGGCUAUCAGUACAACCUCAAAGCGCUCUACGGGCACGAGGUGAUGCCUGGGUUCGGCAGGAGAAAGGGCAGAUACAUUUCUUCUGCACCAGACCGAGUCCUGAGUGCCCCAGACAUCCGCGAUGACUAUUACCUGACUCUCCUUGACUGGAGCACUCAAAACCUCCUGGCGCUGGCUCUGGACACCACUGUCUACCUGUGGCACCACAUCUCUAGGGAGACUGUCAACCUCAUGGAGAUAGAGCGCGUAGCUGAUUAUGUUUCCUCUGUGUCCUGGGGUAACGGAGGAGACUGCCUUGCUGUUGGUGUGAGCAACGGUGAGGUGCAGCUGUGGGACGUCGAGCAUCAGAAAUGUCUCCGCACUCUGACCAGCCACGUGUCCCGUGUGGGGUGUCUCAGCUGGAACAGCUACAUCCUGUCCAGCGGGUCACACAGUGGCCAAAUCCACCACCACGACAUCCGAGUUGCUCAACAUCACGUGGCCACACUCGCUGGUCAUAAGCAGGAGGUGUGUGGACUGAAGUGGUCUCUGGAUGGCCGCUACCUUGCCAGUGGCGGUGAUGACCACCUGGUGAACAUCUGGCCAAGCAUCCAGGGGGGUGGAGGAUUUGCUCCAGUCCAGACCUUCCGUCAGCACCAGGGUGCUGUCAAGGCUUUGGCGUGGUGUCCGUGGAAGUCCAGCAUUCUGGCCACUGGAGGUGGAGCCACUGACAAAAGCAUCCGCUUCUGGAAUGUGUGUUCUGGCACCUGCCUCGGCAAUGUUGAUGCCCAUUCCCAGGUCUCUUCCAUCCUAUGGUCAACCAACUACAAGGAGCUCAUUUCAGGCCAUGGCUCUGAAGAGAAUCAGCUGGUGAUCUGGAAGUAUCCAGCCAUGUCCAAGGUCACCGAGCUGCAAGGUCACACAGGAAGAAUCUUGAGCAUGGCUCUGAGCCCUGAUGGUGAAACAGUGGCCUCGGCUGCUGCUGAUGAAACGCUGCGACUCUGGCGCUGUUUUCAGAUGGAUCCAAUCAGGAAGAAGGAGAAAGAGAAGGCAAACAGAGUCAAAAGCAGCGUCCUUCACCAGACCAUACGAUAAGGGCAUGGGGCUGUUGGGGGGAGUGGGGAAACCUGGUUUACCCUUCCUUAUUUUAAAUGUUAUUAAAUGUUAAUUCACGUUUUAAAAUUAACAAAGUGCUUUCAUUUGUCUUUUUUUUGGAGUUUACUGGAAGAGAAGGCCAUGGCUGACAGAAUCAAGCCCAGUGUGGAUGCCGUGGACGAGUCCCGCAGUGUCACACCAGAAUGGUCUCCAAGCCUCGGUCCUCUGCCUUUCUGCCCACCGAAGAGCUCGC